AUGCCUAAAGAAUAUUGCGGAGGAAUGAGAUUUUCGCGACUCAUAAACCUACCCCUGAUCCUGUUAAUCGCCACAAACUCAGCAGUUCUCGCAGGACCCUAUCCAAAAGAUGAAAUUCAAGAUACUGGGUUUUCUUUCCUCCAAAGUCGACAAUGUGCCUCGUACUGUGGAGCUCAAAAUCAGUUUUGCUGUAAUCAUGGCGAAGCCUGCUUUACAAACCAAGCCAACAUAGCAUUUUGUUCGGCGGGUAUGUCUCCUCCUGCUGGCUACGAGAUCUUUACCACCACCUUCACCGAGACUAACCUAGUACUUCGGACGAGUACUUUCACUUCAUGGGGGACAACACCUACAGUUUUAGCAGCCCCAACCAUCACGCCGCCCGCUAUUUGCACAACCAGCUUAGGUGAGUCAUCGUGCGGCACUAUCUGUUGCGCAAGUAACCAGCGCUGUGCCUUCGCCAACUCCUGCACUGCACAUGUACCAGCUGCUGGUGAUCCAACAUAUUCGGUACCAGUUCGUCCUACUUCAGGUGACCUCUUUACAAUCUCUGCUACCACCACUGUUCCAUUCCAACCCGCCGCCACUGCCUCUGGAAGUAGCUUUCCCGAAGUGUCUCAAAGCUACAGCAACGGGCUAUCUGGCGGAGCCAUUGCCGGUAUAGUCAUUGGCGUGACAGCCGGAAUCGCACUUAUAAUACUGCUCUGCUUCUGCUGCCUCGUCAAAUCCGGCUUCAAACGAAUUCUAGCCAAAUUUUGCUUCUGGAAGAGGAAGGGGCGCUCGGAUCGAGUUUCUGAAAACCAAAGUAGAAUCAACUCCCAAACUAGCCCAUCCGACAGGCGGGAAAAAACUGGAUUUAAAGAUAAAUUAACCGCUAUCAUCUCUUUCAUCGCCGAUAUAUUAGGUCUCAAGUCAAAGAAAAAUAGGAGCGAUGUGUCUACCAGUUAUUGCGAAACAAAUGUCUCAGGCUACUUUAGCGAGAGUCAUACCGGAACCUCCAUGAGCCAGUCUGAUAUUUACAGUCAGUCAGACGCGUCUAGGUAUGCUCGAAGAUGA